AUGUCUACUGUCAGUCUUCCGUCAUAUAUCGCUCCCUCUGUACAUCGCGCGCCGUCGUACUCUGCCGAGCCCAACCAAUACGAGCAGAGACUAGCAUUCGUUGACCGUCUACGGGCCCGACCAUCUAGCGAUUUCGUAAAAGAAUCCAAAGGGGGUGGAGUGCGCCUACGGUUAUCAGCUCAGGACGACAACGCUUCACUUCCUGUUUAUGGCUUGUCUGACGUGGUGGAAGGCACUGUCGAGCUUACGAAAACCGAGGCUGUAACCUGUGUGGAAGUGAAGAUUGAAGGUCGGUUAAAGCUAAAAGAAAUUGCUGAGGGUGGUACGGCAAUCGCAAAAUUGUGCUUGGAUACUGCAUUGCUUUGGGUUAAAGACCAAUCGCGUACCGAAUGUCCGACGUCCCUUCAAUUUGCCUUGGCUCUACCUAGCACUUUUGAGUACGAAGAAAAGACUUAUCCUCUGCCUCCUACCUUUGGAGUAAAACUGUCGGGUCUACCGGGAUUUGUGGCUACAAUUGAUUACACUGUAACGGCAAUUGUCGAAAAACCAAAUGGUGCUCCUGUCAAGUUGAAAUCGAAAGCUCUGGGGAUUCAUGUAGGAACGACGCAUGUUACAACUCCCUUUGUCUACUUCCCACGAAGUCGUCCCGCUUCUCCGAUACCACAUCCACUUCAGUAUACACCAAAUGGGUUUGUUAAUACACCAGAUUGGAAGCUAUUCGAGUCCGUGCUGUAUUCUAAAUCCCCUGCCCGGCCAAACAUCAACGUAAAAUUCUACAUUCCUGCAGCACGUGUGUUUUGCAUGACCAAAUCAAUCCCUUUCCAUCUUUCACUCGAGUCUUCUUCCGUUUCCCUUGCUGCGUUUCUACCUCUUAGCCCGAGUGCGAACACGAUUGGACGCAAAGCCACGCGUGUGCAAUUGAUGAGACAAACAACGGUCGACGUCCGGAACACAGUCAUUGCUGGUGUGAAGACAGACAUGUGGAGAGUUGACUGCAUUGGGGAAGGGAUAUUUAAACACGCGGUGGGGGAUGCACCAACGUGUAUAUCGUACAGCGGGGAAAUCCCCCUGACAGGUGAUGAUAUCAAAGUCCCGGGAUUCAAAGCGGCCGGUCUCAGUGUCAAGGAUUGUGUGCUCUUGACUAUGAACCCAACUGACCCAUCAAAAUCGCCCUUCUCUGAAAUACGAGAGGUCAUCCCUGUUCGACUCUCUACAGAUCCUUGGAUGGCCAACGGGUCUGGUCUCGGAGCUCGGCGAGAAUCAUUACUCCAACCCCCGACACCGCCAACACCAUCUUCUGACUAA